UUUAUAAAAAAACAUUUCCAAUAACAAAUGUUACUGGCAUAACAGAAGAUGCACCUUCAAUACAUACCAUCAUUUGAAGACUGAAUGAAAAUGCUAUAUGGAAGAGACAGCUAGCACUGUUGCUAUGAACUCAUUGUAAAAUUCCAAUGACAUUUUGCUCUGAACUGAGAUUAUGUGCAAAAUUUCUGUGUCAUAAUCUGGAGAGUAUACGAAAUGAUUUUGUAUGUUAAUUGGAUAGAUUUUCCUAAGAGUUUUUAGAUAAAGGUAAUAUUGGGCAGAAAAACAGCAGCUGAAGAAAAUGGUUAAUAAUAAACAAUAAAAAAAAAUCAAUACAUAUAUAUAUAGAAUAUAUUGACUUGAGAUGGAAAAUAUUGCACAAACGUCAAAAACUUGAAUUGAUUUUUUUCCCUGAAGACAUGCCUAAGGAUACCAGAAAACUAUCGUGUGACCUUGAUAUCUGUAAAAAGUCAUUCUCCCAGAAGAGUCACCUAAUUAAACAUAAGCGUAUUCAUACGGGAGAGAAACCAUAUUGCUGUGAUAUCUGUGGUAUAUCGUUCUCUCAGAGUGCACAUCUGACUACACACAAACGUGUUCAUACUGGAGAGAAGCCAUAUCAGUGUAAUAUCUGUGGUAAAUCAUUCUCUCAGAAUGGAAGCCUAACUAAACACAAACGUAUUCACACGGGAGAGAAACCAUAUCACUGUGAUAUCUGUGGUAAAUCAUUCUGUGGAAGUGAUCAGUUAACUACACACCAACGUAUUCAUACAGGAGAGAAGCCAUAUCAUUGUGCUAUUUGUGGUAAAUCAUUCUCUCGAGGGAGUGCUUUUUAUUUUCACAAGCGAAUUCAUACAGGAGAGAAGCCAUAUUGCUGUGAUAUCUGUGGUAAAUCAUUCUCUGUACAUAGUAACUUAACAUCUCACCGUCGAGUUCAUACAGGAGAGAAGCCAUAUCAGUGUGAUAUCUGUGGCAAAUCCUUCUCUCAGAAUGGACAGCUAACUACACACAGACGUAUUCAUACAGGAGAGAAGCCAUAUCACUGUGAUGUUUGUGGUAAAUCGUUCUCUGGAGGGAGUGCUUUAUAUUUCCACAAGCGAAUCCAUACAGGAGAGAAUCCGUAUUGCUGUGAUAUCUGUGGUAAAUCAUUCUCUGUGCAUACCAACUUGAUAUCUCACCGCCGUGUUCAUACAGGAGAAAAGCCGUUUCAAUGUAACAUCUGUGGCAAGUCGUUCUGUCAGAAUGCAAGCCUGACUACACACAAACGUAUUCAUACAGGUGAGACACCAAAUCACUGCGGUAUUUGUGGUAAAUCAUUCACUCAGUUUCAUUACUUAAUUUCUCACAACCGUAUUCAUACAGGAGAAAAGCCAUACUGCUGUGAUAUCUGUGGUAAAUCAUACUCUAUACGUAGUAGCUUCACAUCUCACAAGCGUAUACAUACAGGAGAGAGGCCAUAUCAGUGUAAUAUCUGUGGUAAAUCAUUCUCUGGAAGUAGUGCUUUAAAUACUCACAAGCGAAUUCAUACAGGAGAGAAGCCGUAUAGCUGUUAUAUCUGUGGUGAAUCAUUCUCUCAGAUUUCUACCCUGACUUAUCACAAACGGAUUCAUACAGGGGAGAAGCCAUAUCAGUGUAAUAUCUGUGGCAAAUCCUUCUCUGGAAGUGGUAAACUAACUAAACACAAACGUAUUCAUACAGGAGAGAAGCCAUACCACUGUGAUAUCUGUGGUAAAUCAUUUUCUGUCGGUGGUGCCUUAACAUCUCACCAACGUAUUCAUACAGGAGAGAAGCCACAUCACUGUGGUAUUUGUGGCAAAUUGUUCUCUGAAAGUAGUGCUUUGAAUUCUCACAAGUUAAUUCAUACAGGGGAGAAGCCGUAUCGUUGUGAUAUCUGUGGGAAAUCAUUUGCUGCUAGUAGUCACUUAAGGAUGCACCAUCGGAUUCAUACAGGAGAGAAGCCAUGUCAGUGUGAUAUCUGCGGUAAAACGUUCACUAGAUGUAGUUAUCUCAUUACUCACAAACGUGUUCAUACAGGGGAGAGGCCAUAUCAGUGUGAUAUCUGCAGCAAAUCAUUCUCCCACAAAUAUAUUCAUACAGGAGAGAAACCAUAUAAACAUGAAGUAGUAAUUUAA